GAAACGAGUAGAAAAAUAUUAUUUCAGUAAAAUAUUUUUUUGAUAAUUUUUGUUUUAAAGAAAAUUAGUUAUGUUUUGAUAUAGUUUAAAAUCAAGCUUAAAAGUGCUCUGUAUACGGUUGCAUGAUAUAAAGCGGCUUUAUUUUUGUAAAAAUGGACGAAGUGUACUACGCUAACUCGACAGUGAUUGAAUAUGGGCCAAAGGAGUUCGCAAAAGGACUGGGACGCAUGUUCUAUGUGAUAAACCCGAAGGAUACUGUGUUUGAGAAUGUGGAAGAUGUACCUAACUUUUAUGUGCAGGCAUGGCCAUAUUUCUUCAUGUUCAUGGUAUUAGAACACAUAAUUUUAAAGCUAGAAGGAAAAAAAGGAAUACGUCUAAAUGACGGCAUAACGAGUCUCUCCAAUGGAAUGUUCCUAGAAGGUGGCAGAUUCAUAUGGCGUGGGGCCGAAGCAUACCUAUACACGUGGGUGUACGCAAACUACAGACUAGUAGAACUACCAUGGGACAACGUAUCUACUUGGCUUAUAGCGGCGCUGGGCGUAGAUUUCGGCUACUACUGGAUGCAUAGGGCUUGCCACGAAAUGCACGUGUUAUGGGCUCAGCAUCAGGUGCACCACACGUCUGAAGACUUCAACAUGGGAGUCGGCAUCAGACAGUCCAUACUGCAAGGCUGGUGCGGAUUCAUCUUCUACCUGCCCCUGGCACUGCUGAUCCCACCAGCCCAGUUCGUGAUGCACCACCAGUUCAGCUACCUGUACAUGUUCUGGAUCCAUACGGAGACAAUCAAGACCCUUGGGCCGUUGGAGUACUUCCUUAACACGCCUAGCCAUCACAGGAUUCACCAUGGUAGCAAUCCUUACUGCAUUGACGUGAAUUAUGGAGGCGUGCUCAUCAUCUGGGACAAGCUGUUCGGAACCUUCAGACCAGAGAAGGAGACUGACCGCAUCGUCUAUGGUCUAAUCUAUCAGCAGCCAUCUUUCAACCCGCUGCAUUUACAGACCUUCUACACGAAGUACGUAAUCCAGAGGUUCCAGGAGUACGAGAAGUGGACGCACAAGUUCAGGGCCGUCUUUAGCAGGCCUAGCUGGAAGCCAGGACACAGCAUCCGCUUCAAGGAUAUGGAGGAAGACCCGGCUCUGCACACUCGUGUGAAGUAUGACGUGAUCCUGCCGAAAUGGUGCACCGCUUACCUUCUGAUGCAUUACUCGUUCAUCUUGUAUGGAUUUUACCAGUUAUUCUUAUUGCAUAUGGCGAUGCCAUCAUCAACAGUGAUAAUUUUGACGUUGUACAUCCUCGGUUCCCUAACAGUCUUCGGCAUGAUUUUGGAUGCAUCACCUCGCGCUCCAAUACUUGAGACGAUUCGCUGUGUUUUCACGUUAUUCAUCAUGAGGUGGUUGACCGUCAACCCACUGAUUCAGGUCUUGUACAUCGUCUCUGGUCUGUUCUGGUUCGUGUUUGUGUACAACACUGUGGAGAUCAAGCACACAAAGUUUAGCGAUAAAGAUUGAUUGACUCUAAAAUGAUUGUUAAGAAUGGUUUAUAUUAUAAUCUCAAACGUUGAAUAAAAAAUUUAAUAAUA